UGGGUUCUCUUGUGAAUUGAAAUCUCACUUCCAUCAAAUUUGAAGUACACUCGACAGUUCCAGCUUAAAGCUUUGUUUUCUUUUGGGUGUCUCUCUAAAACCCUUUCUUCAAUGGCUUACGAAGGCAUCCUCUUGGGCAUGGGAAACCCGCUUCUUGAUAUCUCUGCUGUUGUUGAUGAAGACUUCUUAAAGAAGUAUGGCAUCAAGUUGAACGAUGCCAUUCUCGCAGAGGAUAAGCACUUGCCGAUGUAUGAGGAGAUGACUAAAAAGUAUGAAGUGGAGUAUAUUGCUGGAGGUGCCACUCAAAACUCUAUCAGAGUUGCCCAGUGGAUGCUUCAAAUCCCAGGCGCAACUAGCUACAUGGGUUGCAUUGGUAAAGAUAAGUUCGGAGAAGAAAUGAAGAAGAAUUCAAAGCUUGCUGGUGUUAAUGUGCAUUACUAUGAGGAUGGGACUGCACCAACAGGGACAUGUGCUGUCUGUGUUGUCGGUGGCGAGAGAUCGCUUGUCGCCAACUUGUCAGCUGCAAAUUGUUACAAAUCUGAGCAUUUGAAGAAACCUGAAAAUUGGGCACUAGUUGAGAAGGCAAAAUAUUUCUAUGUUGCUGGUUUUUUCCUUACGGUAUCCCCUGAAUCCAUUCAACUCGUUGCUGAACAUGCUGCUGCAAAGAACAAGGUUUUCAUGAUGAAUCUUUCUGCUCCAUUCAUCUGUGAGUUCUUUAGGGAUGUGCAGGAGAAAGCUCUACCGUACAUGGAUUAUGUCUUCGGUAACGAGACUGAGGCCCGAACAUUUUCAAAGGUUCAUGGUUGGGAGACCGAUAAUGUUGAGGAGAUUGCUCUAAAGAUUUCUCAAUGGCCCAAGGCUUCGGGAACACAUAAGAGAAUUACUGUUAUCACUCAGGGAGCUGACCCUGUUGUGGUCGCUGAGGAUGGAAAAGUGAAAAAAUUCCCGGUUAUCUUGUUACCGAAAGAGAAGUUGGUUGAUACCAAUGGAGCAGGGGAUGCAUUUGUUGGUGGAUUUUUGUCACAGCUAGUCCAAGAGAAGCCUAUAGAAGAAUGUGUCAGAGCCGGUUGCUAUGCAGCAAAUGUUAUCAUCCAAAGGUCUGGCUGCACAUACCCUGAGAAACCCAGUUUCAAUUAGAAAGACUUGCACCGGUUGGCUCCGCCAUUUAUUUUCCGGUGAUCCACAGAUUUUAUCUUACAGUAUUCACAAGUACCUACUAUGCCAAUCCGCAAUGUCUACAGUUCUUUGUUAUUUUUCAUAGUCUUAUGUACUCUGUACUUGAUUGAGAAUAUAUGUGAUGUUAUUUACAAACAAGUGGUUCAACAUCAUUCAAAAUGAACUUAACUAUCUUAUUCCGA